CGACGAAGUGACCGACGCAGAAAGUUGGAGAAGAGAAAAUGUGUGGAGGUGCGAUUAUUUCCGAUUUUAUUCCGGUGAAGAGAGGCCGGAACCUGACGCGUCAGGAUUUCUGGUCACAACUCGGUCCAUACUUCGAUUUCCCGACGAGUCCUGAUAGUGACUCGACCUCAGGGCAAAAGCAGGGUUUUCCAGUGACUAGAAAGGAAAUCAGAAAGAAGCCUCGCGUUCAAGCGAAUAAAUAUAAGUCUUCUUCAACGCCAGGGGCAAACUCAAAGGAAAGAAAGAGCGUGUAUAGGGGUAUAAGGCAGAGGCCAUGGGGAAAAUGGGCGGCUGAGAUUCGAGAUCCAAGAAAAGGCGUACGGGUAUGGCUUGGCACGUACGGGACAGCGGAAGAAGCAGCGAGGGCUUACGACGAAGCCGCACGCGAAAUUAGGGGAGACAAAGCAAAAGUCAAUUUCCCCGACGUCCAAAACCCACCGGAAAAGAAGCAAAAGACUGGAAUGAAAAAUAUAGAAACAAUGGGUUCUCUUACAUAUUCGGUUGCUGAAAAAAUAUGGCCUGAAAAUUUAUCAGCUACCGGAAAUGGGGAUUUCCCGGCGUACGGAGGUAUGAAGGAGGAGGAGGAGGAGGAGGGUUUGUCGUGGUCGGUGGCGAGUUUGGAGAGGUUGUUGGCUUUGGAGUGUGGGGUGGGGGAAGAGAGAGAGAGGAGUGAGAAUGAGGUUUGGUGGGAAGAGAGAGAGAGGAGCGGGAAUGGGAUUUGGAGGGAGGAGAGAGAGAGGAGUGAGAAUGAAGUUUUGGAUGAUCUCUUUUUCUUAGACGACUUCCCGGUUCCUCCUCCACUUUGCUGAUGUGCUCUUGCUUGUCUGCUUUUUUUUUUUUUUUUUUGUGUAAAUAACAUUUUUAGUCAUCAUUUGUAUAUAUGUCAUAGUGUGGAAGGAGGGAUCUACGUCUCUGUCUCUAAAUUCAUCUGAGCUCACUAACGAUGCCCCUGUAUUCAUUUGUUCGUCAGAGCAUAAUGAAUUAAAAGACAAAUCCAGGAGAAAUGAUGAUGACAAACGCUGCCUUGCGGUCAUGAUAAAUCAAGGUGAAAUUACAAAUAAAAAAAUAAAACAAACCUGCACUUUUUAUGUAACUUACCUCCAACGUUGGUGUUUUUUUUUUUAUUUUUUUCAAAAUACACUUUUUAUGCAAAAUACCCCGUUACAAAAUAAAAAUUAAAAAAAUACCUAAAUUAUCGGUCGUUACUAUUACUUUAGCCAUGCCUCUCUCUUCUAUCCCAUCAAAAUAGGGGCUUUUUGUAAGUGCGGUCCGGGGGCUCUGCGUAAGUGCGGUCCGACAGUAAGGCUUCGAGUGCGGUGUGUAAGUGUGAUCGGGCAGUAGGACUUUGAUAAUAUAUCUCACUAAAAUAGGGGCUCCGGCACUGUGUAAAUGUGGUUCGACAGUAGGGUUUCGACAAUGUGUAAAGUACAAUACAACAAUAGGGUUUUGACACUAUUUAAAAUCCCGACAGUAGGGCUAUGGUACUAUGUAGAGUACGAUACGGCAGUAGGCGGUUCGGCAGUAGGGCUACGGUACUGUGUAAAGUACGGUCCGGCAGUACGGCUCCGACAAUGUGUAAAGUACAGUACGGGGCAAUAGGGCUCCGAUACUAUUGAAAGUCCCGACUGGAAAGCUUCAGCACUAUGUAAGUACGGUACGGCAGUAGGGCUCCGACAAUAUAAAAAGUUCGACAAUAAGGCUCUGGCACUGUGUAAAGUACGAGACGGCAGUAGGGUUAUGCAAAGUGGGGCUUAGACAAUAUAUCCCACCAAAAUAGGGGCUCCGACAUUAUGUAAGUGCGGUCUGGCAGUAGGGCUCCGACAAU